UCACCCGUCCUGAAACACACGCACACACACACACACACAUCAGUGCGUGCCCCCUGUGUUCCUCUAUAUCUGUUCUCCUUGGUGGCACGUGGGCUGGCUGACUGACCAUGACAUCGAGAUGCAGCCAGUCCGCCCCCGCCUCCAGCAUCCUCUGGCACUCAUCGGCAAGCCUGGCAAAGUCACUGGACAGCACUGACGGAGCGAUGUAGGCGCGACGAGGACCCAUGGCGCUGCUAUCUGGGGCAGGAGAUGGCGACUCGGUGGAGGGCUUCACUCGCUUCGCACUGACACAAGAACACACAAAAGGGCAGGGGCUCGGUGAGAAAUGCACCGAAGGAACACGUGCUUACGGAGGCUCUGGUGGGUCGUUGCUGGCUGGGGGAGGGGGAGGUUGGUGAGUUGUUGACAU